UGUACGCUAUACAUGCCCUGCGGUGCACACGCCCGUACAACAUUGACUGCGGUGCAGCCGUGCGCGCAUCAAAGUAAAAGCCGGUGUCUAUCUCCGCGAGCGCACCACGUGUGCGUGACUUGGAGUAGCCUUGCACGGGGAGGGGACUCGGAGCGAUGGGAUAGCUGGAUACCCAAGGGAGAGUUACUCUAACCAAGCGCGAAUACUCGGGCCGUGCUGCGCGCUUUGAUCGGGCGAGUGUGAAGCUACGAGAUAAAAUACCCGAAGGCUACCAUCAUCGAUGCUCACAACGAGUCUCAUCGAAGCUGUGUCCGUCUCCUGCCUGCGCGUGGAAUUCAUGACGCCUCGCAUUCAUGAAAUGCAUACAGAUGAAGAGGGAAGAGCGGCGAUUUUUCCGUCAAUUAUAAAAACACCACCGUGCUUUCCCUCUCUCUCUCUCCCUCUUUUCUUUUUCUCUUCUGUCUUCGCGUCUUCCCUUCUUCAUUAAUUUUCCUCCUUUACACGACUGGCUGCAUCGUGGACCGGAUUGACAUUUCGUAGAGAACUUCUUGCAUGGAAGAGAAGGCGAGGCCCGGGGAUUAGACUGCCCUUGGUUAUUAUUAACAAGUGCUUCUAAACAACAACAGCAGCAUCCACAACAGCAGCAGUAGCAGCAGCGGCAAGCGGCCGCGCACUUCGCUGUACAUUCGUAUAGACCUCUCCACACAGACGUUCAUCAUCAUGUGCUUGCGGAUGUUACAUUGGAUGCUACACAUUCUGCCUUGCAUUGGAGUCAUCUACCUAAGCAUUGGGGCGCUGUCGUCUGUGGUUGCGCUGGGUGCCAACAUCAUCUGCAACAAGAUCCCGGGUCUGGCCCCGCGGCAGCGAGCGUUGUGCCAAAGCCGGCCCGAUGUCAUCAUCGUCAUCGGGGAGGGCGCGCAGUUGGGCAUCAGCGAGUGCCAGUACCAGUUCCGCUUCGGCCGCUGGAACUGCACGGCGCUGGGUGAACGUACUGUGUUCGGGCAAGAGCUCAAAGUAGGCAGCCGAGAAGCGGCGUUUGCGCACGCGGUGGCGUCGGCGGGCGUGGCGCACGCCAUCACGACGGCGUGCAGCCAGGGCAACCUGAGCGAGUGCGGCUGCGACCGAGCGCGCCAGGGCUCGUACAACGCGCGCGAGGGCUGGCGCUGGGGCGGCUGCUCGGCGGACGUCCACCACGGCCUGGAGCUGUCGCGCCUCUUCGUGGACGCUCGCGAGGUGCGCCAGAGCGCGCGCACGCUCAUGAACCUGCACAACAACCGCGUGGGACGCAAGGUGCUGGAGGAGAAAAUGAAGCUGGAGUGUAAGUGCCACGGCGUGUCGGGCUCGUGCACCACCAAGACGUGCUGGACCACGCUGCCCAAGUUCCGCGAGGUGGGCUACGCGCUCAAGGACAAGUACGAGCACACGGUGCACGUGGAGCCGGUGAGCGGCAGCCGUUACCUGCGGCCGAUGUUCCUCAAGGUGAAGAAGUCGCGCUCGUACCGCAAGCCGCUCGACACGGAGCUCGUGUUCAUCGAGCGCUCGCCCAACUACUGCGAGGAGGACCCGGCUACGGGCAGCGCGGGGACACGCGGUCGCCUGUGUAACCGCACGUCGCCGCACGCUGACGGCUGCGACCUUCUGUGCUGCGGCCGCGGCUACAACACGCACCAGUACACGCGCGCGUGGCAGUGCAACUGCAAGUUCCACUGGUGCUGCUACGUGCGCUGCAGCACGUGCAGCGAGAGGACAGAGGAGUACACGUGCAAGUGACGGAGGCGGUUGGUCGGUGAUGCCCUCUUGAAAUGAUGGGGCGAGGGAGGGCAGUUUGAUUUGUGUUUGUUUCGGUUUUUAUUGCCGGCGUUAAGUAUUGAGCUCGUUUGAUUUUACGUUUUUGUUUCUUGUGGUGGUGUUGUUUUUGUCGGCGUUCUUUUUGACAGUUUUUUAUUUUUACUUUUAGUUUAUUUUAAUUUUAAAUGAUUAUAACGCGGGGUGAAAUGGAAGUGUAAUUUCCAUGGCACGCGAUUCGUGAGACGGUGGAUUUCAAUAAUGACAGAUCCCAUCGCCGUGUGCUUGAAGUGCCGAUUGAGAGUGGGAAGGAUUAAUUGAGGACCGUGGAAGCAAAUUUCGUUUCGCGAAAGAGGGGCAAAGUUUUAACCUCAACAGUUUAAUUACUUCUGAAAAUCCAUUUACAUUCAGAAGUAAAGUUAAACAAAAAUGAAGUUAAACAUGCUGUUGCUGCAAAGCAUACUUACUUAACCUUUGCAUGCAGUAUAUAAACAUGAAAUAACUUUUAAAAUUGAAUUAUAUUUUUACAUUAAUUUUAACAAGUCUCCGCGAAUAAGGUAAAAAAAAACUUACUUUGGAGUAUUGUACUUUAAGUAUAAUUAUUUUUGUUUAAAUUUUCAGAUUGAAAUGAAUCAAUAUAUUAUUGUUGCGAGAAAUUAACAAACUUAAGAAAAAAAGUUAAAAUAAUAGCAGCAAUAUACAGGGGAGUGGGUGGAGAGCUCAAUUGCUCUCCGAGUGUCUUGUUAAGACCUUUUCAUAGACGAUGUGUGAAGACCUUGGUCGUAACGUGUAGCACUGACAAACAGAAAACAAUCCAAGCUAUGUGCAGUCUGUGCGUUUGCCGGUUCUCUGUGAUGAUUUGUGAGGGAGGGGGGGAGGGGGGAAAUCAGUGAAUUUGAAUCCUAAACACACAACGCCGGCUUUUUUUUCGUUUCCAUACAGCUGAUGCCGCAGAAUAUCUUGUUGCGUAUCAACUUUUGAAUGUGUUCCUCGUAACUAAUUUAUAGAGGUUUGGCAUAAAAAAAAAACCGCGAGACUAAACGUUGACGGUUACACGUGGACUCGUGGAGAAUAUUUGCUUCCGUUUAGCAUUUUAGGCAAAAGUACAUUUCUCUACCUUUUAUUUAUUUUUAUUUUGUACGGACUUACUAUUAAACUGUAGGGAAGUCUUGCUUAGCAAUGCAUUUAUUUGUAUAUUUUGCAAGAGAGUAUUUUUAUAUGAAUAUUUUAUUUAUAUUGCUGUGUUUUCUUUUUUUGUAAAUGUAACUGCUGAGAGGAAAAGUUUAGAUUAAAGCUUUCGUGACUGCAGGGAUUCAUCUUCUUGGUUCUGUCGGUAAAGUCACGUAGAAGGGAAUUAGGUGAAGACCAGGUCUGUCUCCCCGACAGACCUGGUCUUUUCCUGAGGACAGCUGCUUGCGUUGUGGCCGAAACGUCGUGAGAAUUAUUUUAUCAUGUUUUAUUUUUAUUAUUGUAUUACUUCCCUUCUACGUAACUUUACCGAAAGAACCAAGAAAGGGGAAAAGUUUAUUUGGAACACUGACAGAUUCAUUGUUUAAGUUGCGGUACACGGUGUCCUCUCUCGACGCUUGCAUAGUAACUGAACUGCACUAAUUGUGAAGAAACACUGCAAUAAUUUGACACGACAGUCUUGGCCACUUACAAGGGAAUUGACGAUGAGUGGUCUACCCCCACGGAAGUGCGGAUUGAUUUGCACGCCGGAUUUUCAAUCGAAAGGUCGCCGGUGUGAUCCCAUCUUCCAGCGCGGUAGUUGAAACUCAAAUCACACCCCCCUCCCCCUCCACCACCAACCUUUGUCCACCUGGCGAUGUAAAUGAGAACACCUGAGGUCAACACGUGGCGGUGGGGUCAAGUCUGGGGACGUCCACCUCUUCCAACACGUCUGGUCAACGUGGAAAGGUGGACCCAAGUCCCCUUUAGAGUCUGUGCGAGCGGAGGGCUUUGCGUCGGCGGUGGCGUGAGCGAGCAUUUGCAGGGGCUGCACCUUUGCCCACAUUUACGCAGCCUGCCCCACGAAAUCGUUUCAGUUCCUUUGAUUCAGAACCAGUUGAAUGUGACAUACAAGAUCGAUGUUAUACGAAUAUGUAAUACACUCCAUGAUUGACACGACAUCACGAGGCUUUCAUCCAGCAGCGGAUUAAGAAAAACGCCUGUGAAUGAGAAUUAGUAUGAUCAUUAUAAUUGUUACCCAUAACAAACAGCGCGUAGAAUUGUCAUACCGUAUAUUUCGAGCGUAAUUAAAAAUGUGAUUUUUUUCUUCUUCAAAUCACGGCCACGAAGCCAAACAAUCGUUGACGUUGACAGCAGAGCGAGUGGCUCAUCUUGGUCACAGUGAGCGGCCUAAGGCCCCUUCGCUUAGCAGCUACAAUGAGGGCGAUUGGUGGGCACGAGGUUUGUACAAUCGGAUCAGCCGGGCAGUGGACAGCACACCGAAUGGGGGGUGGGGGGGGGAACACCAAAGGUGAAUUGUGUAGCGAACACAAUAAGUAAGGCUGCAAGCAAGCAGGGGUUGGCCAACAUUUUCAAAACUGGAGGGGAAGAAUAGAUGACGAAUCCUGAAACGCCUUCAUAACAAAACAAAAAAAGGCAGGGUAUACAGACUGACGGUUGAAAACCUGUGGUAGAACAAAUUCAGUUAUUUUGCGUUUGUCUCUUUUUUUUUUGUCUAAGCACUAUAGUUGUGGGAGUGCACGAAAAUGUGGUCAUAUUGUCUGCCAGGCAUGCGACACGUAGUCAUGGGGUGGGUGGGUUUGUCCUGCGGUUUAUUUUAUAUUUUGUUUCUCACGAAAGCACGGUUUGGGCUCACGCGUGUGUACAAGCGGUGCGUUUCGGGACUUCAACGGCCACGGGACAGAAGCCCAAAAAGCGGCGGCUGCGGUGGUGGUGGCAGGCGGGGGGCGUGCACCGUCUUCGGGAUUGCACGGUGUUCGACGCUACCGUAGUCUCGUUGUUACAAUGAGUGAGCACCCCCCCCCCCCGCCCGCCUUACACACCCUGGAAUUGUCACGCGAACGCCAAGGCAGGAUGGGCGCAGUGCGUUUCGCCAGCCUGCGUGCCCACGUGCCCGCGUCGCUGUCGGCGUACGAAACAAUUUUUGCCUACGCGCACAAACCUCCGCAGAGAAUAAAUGGCCAUCACUGCAUUUUUUCGGGUCUGCUUUUGUCCACGUUAAAAACAAAAAAACGAUGAGCGUGAUUGUCUUGAAAAGGGUUAACCUGGCUGUCGACCCGUGUUGUACGUUGUGAUGAUGCGUUGGCUGCUCUGAGAGUUCGCAGUAAGACGAGUGUUUUUUUCUUUUCUUAAAUGUAAAUUCCCCAGAUUUAAAAUGAAUAUUCAAUUUCUAAUCAGUGGCCUGCUAACGGGUAAUAACAGUAAUACAGUUAUAAUAAUACGAAUGUCUGUUUUGCCACUUAAAAAUAAAGUAAACCAUACAAUCCACCACAACAGCAAGUCAUAACUUUUGUGCUUUGUUUUCCGUACUGAGGCUCCGUGGAAUUUGCGUGGUGAGCAGCAAAUGGGCACUCGCCCUGCUUAUGACUCUGAAAUUUAAAACCAGUCCAGCAUUUACCUGCUUAAAUUGUGGCGUAAAACAAUUGUUCCAUACGCUGAUAGGCAAAUGGAGAAAAAAAAUACUUAAUUUAUUAUAUUUUCGUGGUGAAACAGAUUUGUAAAUUAUUCUGGUAACCAAAAUAUGACAUGAC